AUGUUACAGCUUGUUGCUGUUGCUGUCUGUCCGUCCGUCCGCCUGCCUGCCUGCCUGCCUGCCUGUUCGCCGCCACCGCCGCCGCCGCCAGAGGAUUCUGGGCGCCACCUUCUUGCCGCCAUCGUCCAGCCGCUGCCCGGAGAGAUUCACCGGCCCGCUUUCAUCACCUACCGGAGGGGCUGCUGUCCCCUCGCGCUGCCGGCUCCUUCGCCGCCGCCGCCGCCGCUGUCGCUGUCUUCGCCCCACUCUCGUUACAAAAUGUCCCUAACACAUGAAGAACGCAUUGAAAUCAUCUUGAUAUCAGGAGAAAGAAGCACACGGGUUGUUGCUGAGGAUUUCAACAGUCGUCACCCAACCAGACAGCCCAUCACUCACAGCGCAGUUGCCAAGCUUUUGGCCAAAUUCCGAGCAACAGGUUCUGUCGCAGAUAAACCUAAGGCUGGAAGACCAAAAUCUGCCACCGAUGAAGCAACAACAGUGAGUGUGUUGGCAUCAUUUAGCAAGAGUCCGCAACAGAGUACUCGUCGCCUGUCACAAGAAUAUUUGGUCCGCGGCGGGUUCCAGCUGCGCCUUUCGACUUCGCUGCCGCCCCCAGGGCAGCAGCAGCAGCCGUCGCCGCUACCACGCCGACAGCCCGUCCCGUUGAUGCCUCCCGCGCAGCUUCAUCCGGGAGCGCCCCAGGUGGUCGCUCCGGCGCCUGCGGUCCCUCUUCAGUCGCCACCGCCUUCGGAGCUGAUGGACGUCGACCCCUCAGCCGGGCCGCCGUCCCAAGCGGUGGCUGUGCAGCCUGUCCUGCAGCCGCUUUCUCUGUUCACCCCCAAGGAGUCUGACACCGCAGCGCCUUGUCCGGCGCCCACUCAGCAGUCGUCGACGCAGCGUCAGGAGACGCUGCCUCUCUUCGUGGGACCCGACGCCCCGUCGCGUCCUGUACCAGAAGCUGCGCCCGUGGUCACAGGCAUACGCUGA